AUGAAUGAAAUCGAGAGAAGACUUCAAACUGCUAUCAAUAGUGUCCUUUCAUGGUGCGAACAAAAUGGCCACACCAUCUCCUCAAGCAAAAGCUGUAUUGUACAUUUUUGCAGAAAAAGGAAUUUGCAUCCUGAACCAGAACUUUAUAUUCACAAUCAACCUAUUCUAGUCGUUCAAGAAGUUCGUUUCCUAGGAGUUAUUUUAGAUAGUAAACUGACUUUUUUAUCGCACAUUCUCUAUUUACGUAAAAAGUGCGAAAGGCUAUUGAAUAUUUUGAAAGUUUUAUCAAACACUACUUGGGGCGCGGAUCGUGUGUCUCUCCUUAGGAUAUAUCAGGCUGUAAUACUUUCUCGCAUUGAUUAUGGCUGUAUUGUUUAUGGUUCUGCACGCAAAUUUGUCUUACGGAAACUUGACACGGUUCAUCAUUCAGCUUUAAGAAUAUGCUCUGGAGCUUUCCGGACAUCCCCCAUUGAGAGCCUUUAUGCUGAAUGUAACCAAAUGCCACUAAUUUUGAGGCGUCAGAAAUUGUCACUUAUUUAUUAUUUUAAAGUAAUGUCGAACUCUAACCAUCCUUUGAGACAACCGCUUUCCAAUUGUUCAAUCAGCAGGCUUUAUAAUGCUCGACCAUCAUGUACCCGUCCAUUCUUUGACCGCACGAAACUUUUGAUUAAAGAUAUGAAACUGGAGGAAUUGCAAGUCCUGUCGACAGGUGUUUUUCAUCAAGCCCCUUGGGAAAUGCUGUCAGUGGAACAUAUAAACCCCUUCAUAAAUUUUAAUAAAACUGAAACCUCUCCGGUCAUUUUUCAAAGUAUUUUCCACUCCCAUCGAAGUCAGUAUUCUGAUUAUAUUGCCGUCUUUACAGAUGGUUCUAAAACUGAAGGGCACACAGGUUUUGGUGUUAUAUUUGAUAAUACCUCAUACAACCAUAGUCUUACUUCUUCAUUUUCCGUCUAUAGUGCCGAAGCAAUGGCAAUAUUUUAUGCCUUGCAACGAAUUUCUAGAAGUAAGUUUCGAAAAUUCUGUAUUUAUAGUGAUAGCAGGAGUGUUCUAACACAACUGGGACAUCUUUCUUUCCACUACCACCCAAUUGUUUUGGAUAUUUUAUACAGCUACCAUUCCCUCGAAAAGAACGGGUUUGACAUAAUCUUUUGCUGGAUCCCAAGUCACGUUGGAAUUGAUGGCAACGAGAAGGCAGAUAACAUAGCUCGACUGGCCUCAACUCCUUUAAAUUAUGAAACACCAUAUGAUGAUAUCCGCCGAUGUGUGCAAAGACAUAUUUAUACUCAGUGGCAGGAAUCCUGGAGCUGCCAAAUAGGCAACAAACUUUACAGCAUCAAACCCAUUAUUAAUACAUGGCCGACUAUACCUUUUCGUCAGGCUGAUGUGAGGCUGACUCGCCUUCGAAUCGGUCAUACUCGUUACACUCAUAAGCAUUUGUUAUUUAGAGACCCGGCACCGUUAUGUUCCUCAUGCAGAAUACCAGACUCGAUAGAUCAUAUUUUAACAAAAUGUCCUGAUUUCAAUCCCUUUCGUUUAUAUUUUUUUGGCACUACUGAGGUAGACCUGAAGGAUCUGUUGGGGGAAAGACCCCACCUACAGUUGUUUGCUUUCCUUAAACGUAUUGGAUUUUUAUCAAAAAUUUAG